AGGAUGCGUUCAAGUGAACACGUUGCGUCAUUGAUUUACAUUUUGUCGGAACCAGGUAGCCCAUUUUAUUCUGCGCAUUUCCCCCACCGCCUUUUCGAGCAGGAGGUAUCCGUUAUAUAACGGCGCCGUCGUUCUGAGCAGGACGCCGAUGGAAGUCGCAGGGCUUUUGUUUCGUUGAGCGCACCUAUUGUGAUUAAAAACGUCGUGGGAGCGUUGAAUGCAACCCGCCCAGCCAGUGGUUUUAUAAUGACCAGUUAAGUACUGCCGUCUGAGGAUUCGGUGAAGAAGGAUAUUUCCUCCUCUAAGAGCAGUAACCUAAGCAGAAGAUCAUCAUGGCAGUGGAUGUGCCUGGACUCGUGUCUGUCCUGCUCUUUUAUAUUUGCAUCCUGGCUAUUGGAGUCUGGGGAUCUCGAAAAUCUAGGAAAGUAGAGAAGAAAUGUCCUGGCAACAAGAGCGAAGUUUCCAUGGUUGGCGGCCGCAACAUCAAUAUCCUGGUUGGGAUUUUUACCAUGACAGCAACAUGGGUUGGUGGAGGUUACAUUAUGGGAACUGCUGAAGCUGUUUAUUCUCCCAGUCAAGGUCUUAUCUGGGCUCUGGGCCCCCCCGCCUACGUUAUCAACUUUCUUUUGGGUGGAUUAUUCUUUGCGAAACCUAUGAGGUCAAAGCGUUAUGUGACCAUGCUGGACCCGUUUCAGAGACGCUAUGGCAACAUAUUCACGUCGACACUCUUGAUUCCCGCUUUGGUCAGCGACAUACUAUGGGUUGCCUGCAUUCUCGCUGCUUUGGGUGGGACGAUGAGCGUAAUUCUUGGACUGUCGUCAACCGUCUCCAUCAUCAUCUCUGCAGCUGUCUCCAUCAUCUACACGUUUCUAGGGGGCCUAUACUCAGUUGCAUACACUGAUAUCAUCCAGCUUUGCUUUAUCUUUGUCAGCAUGUGGCUCUGUAUCCCAUUUGUGGUGCUUCAUCCAGCAGUUAGUGUCGCCUUAGAAACACCUUUCUUCAACCACUCAGUCGAACACUCGUGGGUAGGAGAGCUGAACCUGGCGGAUGCAGGGAAAUGGUUUGACGACAUGCUACUGCUGGCUUUAGGAGGACUUUCAUAUCAAGCUUUGUACCAGAGAAUUCUCUCGGCCUCCUCAUCUGCGCAGGCUCAGAUCACUUGCUUUGCUUCUGCCGGGACAACUUUUAUCAUGGGAGUCCCCUCAGUUAUCAUUGGAGCUGCGGCUGCCUCUGCAGACUGGAACCAGACUGAGUACGGUUCACCCCCUCCUUUUGAGCGUGGAGAUGCAGGAAAGAUCCUGCCACUCACACUGCAAUACCUCACACCCACCUGGGUCUCAGUGUUAGGCAUUGGUUCUGUGGCUGCAGCUGUGAUGUCCUCCAUGGACUCGGUGCUGCUGUCUUCAGCAUCUUUGUUUACACAAAAUAUAUACAAGACAACUUUGAGGAAGAAGGCUUCGGAGAGAGAGCUGCAGUGGGUGAUCCGUGUUAGCGUGGUGGUCACGGGUUUGGCGGGAAGUGCCUUGGCCUUCGGCAACGAGAGCGUGCUUGCUUUCUGGCUUAUAAGCGGGGACCUCAUCUACUGCAUGAUAUUCCCACAGCUGGUCUGUGUGCUGCACGUCCAUUGGGCGAACACUUAUGGUGCCGUUAGCGGCUAUCUAACGAGUUUGCUCCUCCGAGGAUUAAGUGGGGAGCCCAUGUUUGGGAUUGCUCCUGUUCUCCUGUACCCUGGUUGGAGGGAAGAGGAUGGAGUUAUCAAACAAUACUUUCCUUACAGGACUUUAGCCAUGCUUUCCUCUAUAAUUAGUAUUACUACGGUGUCAUGGCUGGUGGAGCUGGCCUUCUCUCGCCAGUUCAUUCCUGAGUCCUGGGAUCUUUUUGGGGUUUUUAAAGAGAAAAGACAGACAGAGGAUGAAGCCGAGCCCGAACCUUGCAACGAAAUGAGCUGCCCACUUAGUACAAAAUUUUGAAGUAAACUUCAGUGCAACCAAAGAGUAUAACUAAACAUGCACAACUUCUGACCGGCAGAUUAUUUUGUGGUUUGGGGAGGAAGCUGCAUCACUGUGGUAUCUCUUUUUAUGGUCGUAGACCUCAUGAUUCCAGUCUUUAGUUUAGACGUGUUUUUUUGUAUUUGUUUCUCACAUUUUUCAAAUCAUCUUAUUUAGAUAGCACUAACUUCCAUAUUAUUCCUCACUACUGUAUUCCCCUCAAACCUUUGAAGUCAAGUUGCCCCAAUACCAGUAUUGGAAAUACAUACUAAAUAAGGGUAUCGCUGUCAGUAUGUAGUUACAUUUGCCCAGCAUCCGACACCAUGUGAUUUUUAUAAAGAGAAUCCCAAUACUCGUUGUUCUGAAACCCUGCACAGUGACUUUCACUGUUUAAUUGAACAUGUUGAGCCGCUGUUCAGUUUCAACAGCCAGAAAUACAUCUCUGAAACUACUCUUUAUUUAACACAUAUGCUACAUCUGAUGCUGAGCAUGAAAGUAAUUGAUACACUUGCUAUUAUCAAAAAACAAAAACAGAAAACACUGAUAUAGGAACAAUACUCAGUAUUGACCAGUAUUGGAAUCAAUAACACAAAGAAAACAUUCAACCCUACCAAUCCCCACACAAUAAUGAAAAUAACGACACAUUGUUAAAGAACUCAAAGAGUAGGAAAUUGAGAAUUAGAAAUGAUAAAAUAAAGGCCAAGUAUAUAUAUAAAAAAGAAUAAACAAUUGGGAAAAUUCGCAGAAAGACAAGUCUAUAAAAAAGACUCAAAGCUGUUUACUUCAUAUUCAUCAGUGUUACAGUUCAUUAAUUAAUUAGCUUGUUUAUUUGAUAUAAAUUGGUAAACCCAAGUAGUGGUGGGAUGGGAAAAGAUAAAUAUAAUGAUAAUAAUAAUAAAAUUGUAGGAUAAAUCAAGGAAUUCAUAUUUAAGAGAUACAAAAUAAAAUUAGCAUAACACAUGCAAAAUACUUCCUCAUUUUCAAACAUACUGUAUAUUUAACAUUUAUGAUAGAUGCAGACAUAAAUGAAGAUUAAUGACUAUGUGUUUUUUGUUUUGUGUUGCAUUUUUUCUCUCAUUGGCAUCUUUUAUAAAGUUUAUUUUUUUAUAUUUUUACAUUUCUGCUUUUCGCCCCCGAAAUUUUUAGCUCCUCAAUUUACCUGCAAUGCAAUGAUUACACCAGCAGAGGGCGAGAGUUUAACACAGAAAGGACCUGUGAGAUUGAAUUUAACCGCAAGUGUUAGAGGUAUUUUAUGAAUAAAUGUGUGAACGUGUACGAAUGAAAGCACACACACUAAAGACGUUAAUGUCGUAUUUUAUUUUUAAGGUGGCACAGCCAUUUUGGGCAAUGCUUUACUUUUUACACUGCCCGCUCAUUCUCCUAACACAGCCGGCACCACAAAAGUUUGAUCAUUGAAAUAGUUUCAGGCCAUUUCUGAGUGACUUCAUCCAGUGAAAUUAUUUUUUCACAUUCAUCAGACCUAAAAACAAAAACUAUAUAUUUUGAUCUUUUGUUCACUUAAGACACAUUGCAUAACUUGACAUCAACAUUACAAGGCAUUAAAAGUUAAACACUCCUCAAUAAAUUCAGUUUUUGCCGGACCUGCUUUUGAUAAUGAAACCUAGAAGUCAGGAUAAACUACAAAUUAAAAGCCUUGCAUGAAAUGAAAAUGUAAGUAAAGAUUUCAAAUAAUAUCACUUCAGUAAAACAGAAUAAAAAAGGUCACUCAUUCAAACCAAAUCCUUGCAAAUGUUAAAAGUAAUACUAGGCUGUAAAUGUCAGAGGGCUGAGAGGCAUCAGAAUGAACAGUGAUGCUCUUCAUACACAGUUCGCUGCCUCUGCUGCCUGAGUGGGAUGAAUGAACGGUAAAGGCAGAGCUGGCAGUCCCUCGCCGGCUGCAGCUCCAUGCCAGAUUUUGCUCCAAGCUUUUGAGGAUGGUGUGCACUUUUAACUAUUGUACAGCUUUAGUGCAUUGAAGAGGAUUCAUAGUGUAGUUGUCCUAGUUAAUUCAGCUGCAAGAAGUCCUUUAAUCUUAAAAAACACUGUAGGCCAUAGGCUGCUAUUUUCCAUGUUGUUUUAAUUUAAUAACAACCUUAUAGUUAGAGUCAUUAUAGAGUCACGUUUGUUGAAAUUGCUGUUAAUUUGACAUAAUGAUGUAAUAGUUAAUACAAUAAGACAAGAUUUUUCUAGAGAACUAGUUACAACUAUUUUAGUCUACUGGAAAUUGUCUCAUUAUCUUUUGCAAAAAUGUGAAUGAUUUGUAAGAAGAUACAGCUAUGCAUUUGUAAUGUUUUUAAAUAUGAAGAUAAUUACGAUUGAGAACAACUCUUGCAUUAUUUGCAGACAAAUUUGUAUCAGAAUUGCUGUGCCAACUGUGGAAAUAACUUGAAAUGAUAUACAAUAUAUUAAAAAAGUUUUCAUUCCCUUUUUUUUCAAACAAAAACCCAAACAUCCAGUUAUUAAGGAUAAUUAUUAAACAGUUGGUAAAACAUAAUGUUUCUCAAACUAAAUGAGAAUGAUACAUUCAAAGACUAGGAGUAAACUGCUGCAUGUUUUUUUUCUAGAUUUAUGGACAGUAUUCAUUGUUUCCUUUGUCUGCUUUUGCUGCCAACUUUUUCACCUCCACAAUAAAACGUACCUUCUGUAAAUCAUCUUUCAUAGAAACAUUACAUUUUUUGUUCUGUUGCAUUUUUCCUACUUCAGAACAUCUUUUGUGUAUUUCCAUUAAAGAUAAUAAAUGAAAUGGUGAACGUAAA